AUGACAACGACACUCAGAACGGCAACAACAACUAGAUCUACGACAAAAGCAACAACAACUAGAGCUACGACAAAAACAACAACAACUCUCAGAACGACGACAACGGUACCUAGAACGACAACACCACUCAGAACGACAACACCAUCUAGAGCUACGACAACGGUACCUAGAACGACAACAACAUCUAGAGCUACGACAAAAACAACAACAGCCAAAGCGACAACAUCAACUCUUAGAACGACGACAACGGUACCUAGAACAACAACAUCCAAAACGACAACAACAUCUAGAGCUAUCACAACGGCACCUAGGAUGACAACAACAACAUUCAAAACGACAACACCAUCUAGCGCUACAAUAUCAUCACCAACAACAACAUCAACAGAAUCAACAAUAACAACAACAUCAUCAUCAACAGCAACAGAAACAUCCUCAACAAUGACACCAUCAACAACAAUAUCAACAGAAUCAACUACAACAACAAUAACAUCAUCAACAACACCAUCAAUAGAAGCAGCAGCAGCAACAACAACAACAACAUCAUCAUUGACAGCAACAGAAACAUCAUUAACAACGACACAAUCAACAACAACAACAGCAGCAGCAUCAACAGAAUCAUCGUCGUUAUUAUCAACUACCUCAACUGGAAUGACAGCCAAAGGUAUGCCUGUUGGGAAAGAAAAUAGUGUCACGAUCAAAAUAUCCUAG